CGAGAAGCGGAGACGGCCUUGGCCCAACGAGGAUCAAUGGCGGAGGGCUGUUAUCUGAUGCGAGCGAGCGCGGCUCUCUCCCCAGCCCUCAAGAACGCGCCGUGCCAUCACCUCCCGCCGCUCGCCUCUCUCUCCCUCCUCCCCUCCUCCGCCCCUCCUUGAGCUCCGCCCUCUGCCGCCGCCGCGCCGGCGGAGGAAGAGGCGGAGCCCUUGCCGUCCGAUCGAUGACCUCCUCUUCUUUUGGUUCGAGGCUGGAGGAGUCCGUCAAGAAGACGAUCUCGGAGAACCCCGUCGUCAUCUACUCCAAGACCUGGUGCUCGUAUUCGAUGGAGGUGAAGUCGUUGUUCAAGAGGAUCGGAGUGGAGCCUCUCGUCAUAGAGCUGGAUCAGCUCGGUCCCCAGGGGCCGCAACUGCAAAAGGUGUUGGAAAGACUGACAGGACAAUACACUGUUCCAAAUGUUUUUAUUGGGGGGAAGCAUAUCGGUGGCUGCACAGAUACUGUAAAACUUCACCACAAAGGAGAGCUGACUACUUUACUAUCAGACUUGAAUAUUAGCACCAAGAGCUUGCAGCAGCCUUGACAUUGUUCUCCAACGAAUGCUAUUUUCCAAGGAUAUCUUGAACUUGAUGGUAUAUCUUUGGCUGCAUCAUAUCCAAGGUCAGGAUUAUCCUGCUCCAGAAGCUUUCCCAACACCUGCAGCCCCCCUCUACUCCGAGCUUGGGAGCUAUUGUAUGCACGGGCAUCUGCAAUUUGAGGAGUGCAUGCUCAUGGAUUACAAAAAAGUGAAAAAAAAAGUGCCGAGCAAUAUUCAAAUAAGUAGGCAAAAUCAUGAUAGAACCGACGAGGCAUUCUGACUUAUUUGAACCUCAAUCCUUGAAAAAGAUCUAUGAUACAUCCAGAAAUGAUAUAUGGCUUGACUCUUAUUAGAUAUUAAAGAAAAA